CAAUGUCUUGUUGCAAACUAUAAUUUAAGUGCAACUCUAUCGGAUAUUAUGAUAAAGAUGGAUCAAUUUCAACAAGUUUUAGAGCAAAUUUCCAACGAAGAGAAAUAUAUACAAUCACCUUUUAAAAAAAUUGAUGACAUUUUAGAAAUACCUAGUGAUCUAACCGGUAAAGAUUGCCAAUCCAGACGACAAAUAAUACAAGCCAUACGCAGAAAACUGGAAUGGUAUAAUGUUAUGGACGAUACGGAGUCUACUCUUUUUGAUUACGAUGAUGCCAUAAAGCCAGAGAUUUCUGAAUCUGCCCCGGAGAAUGGUGUUUCAAAAAUCGAACUAAGAACCGAUUUUAAUAAAGUUUUAAAAGAGAUCCGUUGCCUGCUGGCAAAAUCCAUACGAAAAUCAGAACCGACCGCUAAUGCAACAGAAAGCAAUUAAUUUGAAAACAUGGAAUAAAUUUUGCCUUUGAAUGUAUGACUUUUUUCAUAUGUAUUUGCA